CCCCGCCCCCUUGUCUUGUUAGUUCUCCUUCUGGACUCGUCUAGUUUGUAUCGUUUAAUGAAUUAUUAACUGACUUUUGAUUAAGCAACUGAUUCAGCGUUUCCCUGGACUGGUAUUAGACACUAAUACAGCAUGUUAGUCUCCAGACCGACGAAAGAAGCGAAAACCGUGAGGAUUUAAACCAGAAGCAGAGCUCAAGACUGAAGAAACUAAAACAAACAUGAAGUUAAACGACGAGGUUAAACGCGCGAGACUCAUGAAGUUGGUUUCCGCCGUCUUUUACGCCUUUUGCUCGUUUUUCAUCAUCGUGGUCAAUAAAAGUAUUUUAACUGAGUACAAGUUUCCCUCAUUUAUGUUUCUCGGAAUUGGGCAGAUGACAGCUACAAUCAUCAUCUUAUAUGUUGCCAAAAUGAACAAAGCAAUCCAUUUUCAGGACUUUGACAAAAGUAUUCCUGGAAAGAUUUUUCCUUUACCAUUGCUGUAUAUGGGGAAUCACGUGACCGGACUGGGCGGAACUAAGAAACUCAGCUUGCCCAUGUUCACAGUGCUCAGAAAAUUCACCAUUUUACUCACAAUGAUUAUGGAAUCCAGGAUAAUGAGGAAAAGCUUCGCUCCGUCGCUGGUGUGCAGUGUUCUGGCUAUAGUCAUGGGUGCUCUGGUGGCAGCCAGCUCGGACCUGUCCUUUAACGCAGAAGGAUACACGUUUGUUCUGCUAAACGACGUCUUCACGGCUGCUAAUGGAGUUUACACCAAGAAGAAACUGGGGAUGGAGGGUCUCGGUACAUACGGGGUUUUGUUUUAUAACGCUUUUAUCAUUAUUAUCCCGACGGUCCUGGCGAGUGCUUACACUGGAGAUUUACACACGGCUCUAACCUUUGAGGGAUGGAUGUCUCUUAUGUUCAUAUUUCAUUUUUUAUUGUCUUGUGUCAUGGGGUUUAUUUUGAUGUAUUCCAUCAUCCUCUGCAGUUAUUAUAACACGGCACUAACUACCACAGUCGUUGGGGCAAUUAAAAACGUUGCUGUGACGUAUUUUGGCAUGUUUAUUGGAGGAGACUAUAUCUUCUCAUGGACAAACUUCAUAGGCCUGAAUAUAUGUAUGUCGGCCGCUCUGAUUUACUCCUACAUCACGUUUCACAGCAGCGUCGUCUCAGAAUCAAACGGCAAACCAGCAGAAGACAAACCGAGCAUUCACGUCACAGAGAGUCAUCCGGAGAAAACGUGAUGCAUUUGAGUGCAAUAUUUA